AUUGCGUUCAAAAGGAAUUCUUUGCAGGACAUGUUGACAAAUACACGUUUCGCAGCUUACUUGUUCACGGUCCGUGUUGGAUAAGUCUCUAGCUCUUGCUAGGCAAAUACAGUUUUUCGUAUUUGAUUUCUUCAAUUGUUAAAAACAAUUUUUCAAAAACUUAGGAGAUAUUUAAAGUACAACAAAAGGCAGAGCAUUGACGUGGACUUUAAAAGGACAACAACUUAAGAUCAACAAAGACCUUAACAGUUCUUGAACUACCAAGCUGAAAACAGAAUCCAAAAUCUAAAAUGGUUAACGAUAAGAUCACAGUUGAAAUCAGUUCAUCGUCGCCACUUGCGACUGUUAUAUCUCUGUUUUGCGUAAUGACAAUUGGGAUCAACUUGGUCGUGUGUUAUCAAAUCUACCGUCGCCGUAGUCUCCGUUCUUCAUGCACAGCGCUGAUUGUUGCUAACCUUGCUGUAGUCGAUAUGCUUGUAUCUAUUAAAGAUCUGCCCAUGUUAUUUGCUGUUAGCAUGUCAGGGCGUUGGUAUUUUGAGGAACACUGGUGUCGGUCGUAUGGAUUGACCAACGUGAUUUACAUCAUUGUAUCUAUCUCCACACUAGUAACUAUCACCACGGAGCAGUAUUUAAGAAUUACCGAAAGACCAAAAGAUGCUUCGCAGAAUACGCAAAACAACCGCACAAACAGAUCAGUACUCCUUGGCUACAUAAUCGCCCACACGACUCUCUCCUACUCUUUGUCUUUACUGUGGAGCAAGUACGUGUUCAUCAGUCGAAAAGCCUUUUGCCAAGUGGAUUGGCCACCGUCUGGAUUGAGCUUCACCAUCGUUGCUUCUUGUGUGUUUCUUGUUCCUGUUUCACUACUGGUCUACAAUCUUUUUAAUUCUGAUGAUGAAAACCAAAACUCUGAGAAACAAAUCAAAUUGACCGCAGAGGAAAAAGAGCGGGAGAAACUUGACACUGAUUCCCAGACAAGACUGCAACUUGCUAUUGGAUUGUUUCUGUUGACAUGGUGCCCAUACGUGAUCGAAAGUUUCUUCUCGGUUAGUGAUGAUGUCGUUCCUAACGUUAUUGGUCUGGUUUGUGCUUUCAUACCAAUCUGCACAACAACGUUGAUACCACUGUGGUAUCUCAAGUGGAAGAGACAGGCUGAGGAAAGGGCAGCUCGCUCGCAAAUAUUUAUCCUACAGUGUUGAAAAUUGUAUCGUAAUUUUGAUUUAAAUGAUUUAUUAUAUAAAAGCAACGAGAAAAUGAAAUUUAAGAUAUCUCUGCUACUGUGAAACCAAUGUUAUCAACUGACUUAAAUAAUUAUAAACAAUAUAUAUGGAUGCCUCUUGAACAAGUGAAAACAAGUGACAUCACAUAAAAACAAAACUGAAAAAAAAAUACAAGAUGAGAUAUAUGAAUAAAUUAACAGCUUGAGCAGAGCAGAAGUUAUAUAUAAGAUAUACUGACAUUAAGAAUAUAUGAGCUUUGCAAGUAGAUAUUGAUAAUAAUAUAAUUUGUUUUAUCGUUUUAUACUAUAUAAAGAAAUUUUAAUAUAAUUAUUUGUUAAAUAUAUUAUUCAGUUGAGGUGAAUUAAAUGACUAUGAUAUAUUGUCUAUGUAGAGAUUUUUAAUGAUAUAUACUUAGAAUAAAAAUUAACGCAAAUAUCCGACGUUUCAGAAUCAUCCUGACUCCAUUUUCAAGGACUAAACUUUAAUUAAGUAAAUGCAAAUAUAAGAGAAAAGAAAACAAUGGCAUAAUCAAAGAAAGACUUUAGCACAAAUCGAAUCCGACUGUUAUAUAUACUGAAUAUAUACUUCGUCGAAAAAAUGAAUAUAUUAUAUGACGAAACAUAGAUGUCUUCUAUAAGGCGGUUGCUUGGUAACUUAGUGAGUUUAUUUUUGAGGUGACCCUUAGCUCUACAGCUAAAUAUGACUUUCCACUUUAGAAAUUUUGCUAUUUUCGAAGUUUUAAGAAAAAAGUUAUGAAACGCUGAAUUUCACAUGGAGCAAAGAUUGCUUCCAAAGUCCAUAGUUAGUGCUACUAUGCAUAGUCCAAACAAAAUUUUAUCAUUAAUGCUGCGCUCAGCAGAUCCGAAAUGUUUCAAGUGCUUUAUAGAUCGACGAUGGAAGUUUUACUUGAUUGAAAAUCUAGAAAAUAGAUAUAAAUAAAUAAAAUAAAGCAACAUCAACAACAACCAGAAAACAGCAACAACAACAAAACAAACAAAAGUCAMGCAAAAGACAAAAAAUGGAUCAUACUAAAAUGAGUCUUGUGAACCAUUGCCAUUGAAAAAAAAAACAAAAACAAAAAAUACAGGUGAAAAAAACAUACACAAUUCUGAAUAAAGCACUGCUGUGUAACAUAACAUAAGCAAAAAAUAUUAAAACAAGCUGAAGGGAAGAUAGUUCGGAAAGUCAAGUCACGUUUAAAACAGCCUUUGAUCUCUCCUGAGGCGUCUGGGGCUUUAAUAGAUAUUGGGAUAAAGCCUUAGUCAUGC